AAGAUCCUUUGAAACAUUGAAGCGGUCAAAAACGACAAAAGUUGAGUUUUGUUUGGCAAAAGAGAAGACACAACAGAUCUCUCGUUCUCGACGAUGGUGCAUUCGCAUUACUCAUUUGUAAUCCGACAAGUCCGUUUACGUUUAUUCUUAAUUCGUAUUCCAGGACACUUGAAGAAGAUCAGGAAGAAUCAUGAUGAGUUCCUGGAAGAAAUCUCAAAGCUCAAAUCAGUUCCUGAAAUAGUAUUUAGAAUUGACGAUCAAGUUAAACUACUCAGAGAGGAGAACAGGGAUCUAGACAAAGCCAACGACGAGAGGAUAAGGCAACGCUCCAUAAGAAACGCCGAGAGACGUCGGCACAUUGAAGCUAUAGAAAAAUUAAAGGAAACUCUACUCCGGCAGAAGAAAAAUGAAGAUCAAUGAACACUGAGAUCACAUGAAUUUUCCAUACACUAUACAACAAAGGCGGCUAAGAGUUUACUCUUUAUUUUGUUAUUUUGACAUCAUCCCGAAUUAGAGUAUUUUUAUCUAAAUAAUGAUACAUCUUAUCAUCUGCAUGUGCCUGGCUUUAUAACAUCAUUAAAUAAUGUUACAUUUAUAU